UCGUUAUCGGCUCUGGUCCGCAGUUGGAAUCAAUCGGCCCAUGCAGAUUGCGAGAAGACAGCAGCACCCACAAUGACACUCGGACCUUUAUUCGUGUGAAACGAGACUGUCGUAAUUGCCGCUGCUAAUCCUGUUUCAAAAGGCUUCCGCUCGUGUACUUAUGCGACGCGUUUCUGCUCUCACUGUCAUUUUAGCGGUUGUUUGAAAACGAAAGGUAGCCAAAGUUUGUUUACAGAGCUAUGUGAAUUUAGGACUGAGGCAAACCAAGAGAACAAUCCACAGUUGAGCGUUUCAAAUUACAAACAGCUAGCCACUUGCUUCACUUCAUACUCAUGGCUGGAUGCUCGUUUUAUGGUGAGCUUCUUAUAAGUCUGAUGACUACCCUAAUGUGGAUAUCAUUAAUGGUGAAGGCCGAUGGUAAACAAACUCGAAAAAUUGCAGGAAAAUGUGAACUUUACACUGGAGACACGUGCAAGCAAUACCUCGGAGGAAAACAUGUUUUUAUAAAGGAUCUCUCAAGCCAAGCCUCGCUAGAAGCAAGAACAAAAAACUGGUUGGAAACAGCACAAUCCAUCAUAAGAAUUUCUGACAAAUGCUGGCCGCAUGCAAAAAUCUUGAUUUGUUAUCACAUAUUUCCAAUUUGUGAUGAAACAAAGCUGUCCCCUCUGAAUAAAAGAUUCUGUCAAGACGAAUGCAAGUUCCUGGAACAACAAGUUUGCCGGGAGGAAUUUGUGAUAGCGAAAAGCAUAAAUGCCAUCAAGCAGUUUGUCCCAUCAUGCUGGGCGCUUCCAAGAACUGGUACUCCAGCUCAUGCAAAUUGUCAAAAGUUACCAUCCUUGGUCCGUGAACUCGCUGUGGAAUAUUCGAGAAAUCUGACUGCCACAAACAAAGAUCGAGUAGCACUCAAGUGCCAUUUUAAGGCCUACAACUUUGAAAGAAAGUCUGACUUAAAAGUCUAUUGGGUGAGGAAUGGUACCAAGUUGAAUAUGAACAUACGGAAAUUCAGAUUGAAGCGGAGGAGCAGAGGCCGCUAUCAGUUCGUGUCAACAUUGAUAAUAAAGUAUGUGACAUUUGCCGACGCUGGGAAGUACGAUUGCGUUGCUGCUCAAGGAAAACUUUUUGCCAAGAGCAGUGUUUUUCUCUCUGUUUUAAAACGAGAUCCCCUUACUGAUGAUAAAGAAACUGAAGAGAAAGUGAAGAAGGUUCCUAACAAAUAUGGAGAUGGCCUUGGAAGAUGUGUCCCCUAUAAAGGACAAGUCUGUGCGAAGUACAUGAAGCAAAAGGGCAGCAACAAUGUGUUCGAAUAUAGCUUUAGCCCGCAGAGCCUAGUUGAAAAGCAGUUAGUCCGUGAAUUUAGAAGAAUUAAAAAGAAUAAUCAUUUUUCUGACAGGUGCCUGGAGAUGAGCCUUGCUAUUAUGUGCUUCAACGUUUUCAACACAUGCAAUAAGUCAGCCACUACACCUGCCUCUCGUUUAUGUCAUGAAGAUUGUCAUCUAUUUGACAAGGUCUAUUGCAAAUAUGAAGUAGAAAUGGCAAGGAAACACACUAGUGCCUUCGAGUUUCUGCCCGAUUGUACUCUCUUGCCACAAGAGAACAAGCUUUGCGAGCCAAUGAAAGACAUUGUAUUUGGCGGAAGCAAAAACGGUACAAAGUGUUACAAGGGUGUUGGCAAAGACUAUGAUGGUAAGGUCAAUAUUAGCAAGACAGGAAAAGCGUGUGAGCCUUGGAUUAAUCAUUCACCCGUUUACAAGUUCACGCACAAUUAUUGCCGGAAUUUCGGAGGGGAGAACUAUGCUCCAUGGUGUUUCGUUGCUGGUGGGAAAAAGGAAUUCUGUGACAUACUGAAGUGUGACAAAUCUGCUAAUGAUUCGUCUUCUGAUUCCACUAUCAGCGGAUGCUACAGUGACGUUGGUGAAGACUACCGUGGUCAGAUAAAAGUGUCGCAGUCCGGCAAACAGUGUUUGCAGUGGAAUGUCGUUGGUUCGUAUGAAGCUCGACACAGUUACUGUAGAAAUUAUGGAGGAAAAAGGGAGGCCCCCUGGUGCUAUGUAAGCAAAGAUAAAAAGGAAUACUGCGACAUACCCAAGUGUCGUCUCUCAGCAAAGAUCGCAAGUGGCAGUUCUCCAUCUCUUGUUUACUACGUUGUUCCAGUAGCAAUAGUGCUCUCCGUUCUCCUGCUGGUUGUUUUGGUAAUGCUGUUAUACCUGAAGCAGCAAAAGAAAGGCGAAUCGUCUAGUCAUAGCUCUGCUCAGGUGCCAAAUGGCGAUGCAGUAGCAGUUACGACCGUUAAGGUCAGCAAGGACAAAAUAGGUAGUCCACGUGUUCCAGGACCAAUGGACAAGGUACCGGAAGUUAACAAUUGCUCUGUUAACUUCUUAGAAAUGAUUGGAAAAGGAUUCUUCAUGGAGCUAUGGAAAGCAGAGCUCGUAGAGAAUGACCAGAGUGUGACACCAUUAUUAGUAAAACGGUUAAGUGCCGAUGCAACCAAAGGCUUAGUAAACGCCUUUAAUCUUGAGAUAAGCAACGUUAGGGGACUUGAUAAUCCCAAUAUAGCAGAACUUUUGUGUGUUUCCAAGCCUGGUGCUGUUCCUUUUCUCGGAUACGGAGGUGAUAGUCAGCGUGAUCUCAAGACCUGCCUUAUGCAGUCAAGACCAGAUGCAUGCUUAGAAAGUCGGUUUAUGUGCGUAGAUUACGAUGUUCUUAUUGAUAUGGCGGUGCAGAUUUGCAGUGGUGUAGAGUAUCUGCAUGAGAACAGCAUUGUCCAUAAGGACCUCGGAACCCGCAGUUGCCUUAUUGAUAGCGAUUGUACUGUUAAAAUAGCUCACUUUGGCAUCGGACUGUACCUUCAUCCGGGGGACUAUUAUCACGAUAACUACAUGACACUGCCAGCCAGAUGGAUGUCACCAGAAGCACUUCAAACAAAGAAGUUCACAAAAAGCAACGAUAUAUGGUCUCUUGGUGUCCUGUUCUGGGAGCUUUUCUCGUUUGCUGACAGACCUUAUGGUGAUGUGUCGGACAAAGAGGCCAUGGCUUUAGUUUCUCAAGGACAUUUGUUACAAUGUCCGGAUGAGUGUCCGGCGGGUUUUUAUAGUCUGAUGAAAGAGUGCUGGACUAUGGACCCCGAUGAAAGGAUGAAACUGAACUUAAUUAUGGAAAAGCUUACUUCGUGGAAUGGUACAGUUUGUUAGCUUCGUCAACAUUUAUCAGCAAUUAGGUCUUUUUUGGUAGAAGUUAAAUCAUUUUUUACGUUUUGUAAACACAGACAUUUUAUUUGGAUGCAUUUUCAUUACGGCAUGCCAACUAAACUAUUCUUUAUUUUGUGACAUGCCAGCAUUAUAACCUUUAUGUUAGUCAAUUGUAAUGUACCUCUGCCGACAAGGUCUUAUGACGCAACAGGGCUAGGCUAGACAUUUUAUACUGACAUUAAAUAUACACUUCCAUUUCCUCUUUUUAGAGAACAUAUUUUCGAAGGGUAGAGGUCAUAAAACUUUAUGUUGGUUUUCAUAUGUCAUUAUUUCAUGAUUCAGGUUGAUAAAUACUGUAACGAUCUGUAACGACACACGACCACCAAUGCCAAGAAAUCUUUGUGACCUCACCCUUCAAAAAGAGCUUCAGUCCCAAUUUUAAGUGUCUUUCCAGAAUCGCUUUUUAUCUUUUUACAUAGUUAAGGAGCCAUCCUUUGACAAUAAAAAGCAUUUAGAAUCCUCAUGUAGGCUCAUUUUCAGCAUGAAGGCAGCUACCCGCUUCCCUUGCACUGCCAAACUCAUAAGCUAUAAAUUCAGCAGGUCGCCUCGUAGUCGACACUAGAUUCAUCACAUGUCCCAAUUGACUCUCUUCACGAACACAAGUGCCUUUUCUCCUGAGUAAAGGACCUUUCCUUUAUAUUUUUUGAAAAACCAGACCGAAUUGUAUUUGUCUUGAGAAACAAGACCGGUCGGUUGGUAGUGCGUUAGGUGAACCAACUCUGUCAUUAUAUCUGUGCUUUUGAUACUUUUUUCUAGAACAGUAUGUUCCUUCAUGCCGAUAUCUACCAAUGUAGUUUUGCUGAUUUCAUUAUUUCAUUUCCCAAGUAAUUUCAUCUCAAGCGGAACUGGGCUACUUCUAUGAGAAACUAACAAAACUUUUCCUGUCUUCAAAAAUUUUUCGUUAAAUUACUGGCUAAUGCUAUAGAUUUCGCGAAAAAAAUCAGCACCAAUUGUGCUAAAUUUGGUAUUAUUGCACAGAAGAGCAUUGGUAAUGAAGAUGCUAAGAAAUCAUAAGUAAGACUAUGAAAUUAAUUAUAACUUGUUUCGAAUUGAGUCUUAUGACGGUCCAAAUGAAUUAUUUCCAGCCCACAUCUAAACGUUAGCUUCAGGGAAAUAUUUUAUGUGUAGUUUUCGUGUUGUGAGAACUUGAAAAUCCUGUAGAUAUUCGUGUAAAUAAAUGUAAAAUAUUAUUGCUUUGAUAUGCAGUCCAUCAGUAAUUAUUUAAAUGAAAGUGAUUGACGAAAUCUAAUUAUGUAAUUU